AGACAGAGAGCAAGGCUGGAAGAAUGAAGGCUGUGACGCACGAUUAUCUUCCCUCUGCCUACUCAUUGGCUGCUGGGUACGCCCGUCAGUGAGCUCAGGUUCAGGGCUAUGCCAUCAGGGCAGAUUAUGAAGCAGAUCUCGUCUCUGGUGCUGUCCUCCACUUGUCUCAAUGGCUGAACACAGGCUUGCCAUGCUUCUCUUGCUGUGGCUCUUUGUGUGCAUGCAGCCGGCGUGGCCCUUUGAUCAAGUGCCUGCAAUCCUGGACAGGAGCUUGGAGGUCCCAUCAUUUCAAGGUAUCAGAAUCAGACCAGAUGGAGUAGACAUUGAAAGUUCAAGUCCCUCACACGAGGAGAGUUUUUCGCCUGCAGCUGAAAACCCACUCCGAAAAAUGUUGCAGCCCUAUGGAUGGCAUUUGCACACUCAGCCCAGAACUAAAAGGAAGUUACUUCAGUCUACUAGCUCAGGGCCAUACUCUCCUCUGAGUGUAGCUUAUAAUGGCAAGAUAUGCAUCCUGUUCAAGGCCAAGAGGCUGGCUAUUCGCUACAGAAACAACACUUUUCUGGACUUAACAGAAAGAGUAUUUGGACCCAAUGCCUCUGUAGACACCAAAGGAUCUGUAUGCACCAAAGAAAAAGCUACCCUUUCUCUUCGCUUGGGAGAUGUGGAGGACAUUAAAGGACUUGUCAUUAGGCUCCAAAUGUCCAACACAUUUUAUGAGUCAGUAGGCCAGAACUGGUUCACUUUGGACAGUGUUCAUAUCCACUACAACUGGACCCAUGAGGCUACGUUCAAUGCAACUGAGGUCUAUGCUCCCGCUACCUAUUCAUACCACUGCCAGCACGUCAGCAGCCUACAGAAAUAUGACACCUUACUGGUGCCCAGCUCCUACACAGAUAGCUCAGCGAACUGGCACAUCACUUUUACAGACUUUCAAAUCCAAGCCUUCAAUGUGCAAUCCAAUAAAUUUGCCUCGGCCAGUGAUUGCGCUACCUUCUUUACGCCAGCCAUCCUGAUGGGACUCAUCACAUCUCUGAUUCUGCUGCUGGUGUUGGCCUACGCCCUGCACAUGGUAGUCCACCUCAAGCACAUUGACCGAUACGAAGAGCACAAGACCACUGUCUACUUCCCACGUAUGCCCGAGGCUGAACUCCCUGACAAGAACAGUGUUUAGGGGCAGGGUUGGCACCAUGGCACCAUCUAUGGACCAAGCGCAGCUCUGCAAAGGACCAGACAGGACCUCUUCUUAAUCUUGCCGCUUCUGAUUCUGGAUUGCUGCACUGUGCUCUCAGUCUUAGUCCUGCCUGGAAAUAAACUUGAUUGGCUGUUGGUCUUAAGUCUUGAGACAGGAGGUGAGAUAAUCAGCUGAAUUCUGUGUUUAAUCCCAGGCUGGAACCAGAACCUUGGCACAUCGUGCUUCUCCAGGACCAGGACUGGGAAGCCUAUGAAGAUGGAGUAUUAAACUGGACUUUCGCUGGACCAAAAAUGCGUAGACUUUAGAGCGACCUGAACAAGUACUGCAGAAAUCUACUGUAUGAAUAUUCAACAGAUUUGUGAGUGAAGAGGAAGAAAGAAAAAUGAAUGAAGAAGUGAAAAAGUGUGCCUGAGACCCAAUGGUCAAAAAACAGUGGAGGUUACUGAUGUGAAUAACAAAGAAAAAACAUUUCGUGACUGCCAAAGUUUGGCAAAAUUUGUCAGCCUUGACAAAUCACUGACAGUAAAAAUGUGAAUAUGAAAAAUAUAUAAGAAAGAAGAAAACAAACCCUAAAUGUACAGUGCUUACAAACUUUACUGUAGUUUUUUAAGUAAUCCAAACGCCACAUGUACAAUAGAUUCAGUUCAGUCUUCAAUCUCAAAGUAUGCAGUUAAUGAUGUAGUUGUAUAGAUCAUGGCUACUGAUUUUAGUAUUUAACAGCCUACAAGUACAAAACCUAUAUCAAACAUGCAUCAAAAACAUGUUUUAUUUUCCAAAUUCAUAAGUAUGUAAAAAUUUCAAUGCAACAAAUUUUUAUAUGAACAUAUGUAUUAGGCCUAUUUAAACUCUUUCCUGGUUACUAGGUGGAAUGUAUUAGGUCUAAUAUACGUACACUAAUUUACAGCAAACGCUGUGUAACCAUAGGGAAGUCCUGUUAAAAGAAUGAAAGAAUGCUGUAUGAUAACUCAUGUAGGUGUAUACCCUCAGUAUCAUAUUCAGUAAGCCUUUAUAUAGCUACAAGUAACAUCAGUAACUCAUUAUUGCAAUAACCCACAGCAUGACAACAGCUAAUGAUAAAACCUUUCAGGGCGGCUCUGACACUCAUGUGCAACUCGUUCUUUUUGUCCAAAUGGAAGCUUACAUACACAUUUCCAGUCAAUGUAGUUUGAAAAAUAAAAAAAAGUGAUCAGAUGAAAA